AUGAAUAUAAAUAUGCUGACGCCAAUGGAGCUACUGCAACAACAUCAGCGGACGCUCUUCAUACAGCAGCAGAUAGCUCUGCACCAUCGAUCAGAUGAGGGAGCAAAUUCGAAUAGAUGGCCAAUUUCAUCACGACCAAUGUUGCCGCCUGAAGUUCGUGUGGAGUUGAAUAAUCGCAAACUCUGGCAGCAGUUUCAUGCUGAAACUACGGAGAUGAUCAUCACCAAAUCCGGACGACGCAUGUUCCCGUCAGUCCAAGCGAACGUGAGUGGCUUGCAGAAACGGGAGCGUUACUAUGUCUUGAUGGAGAUAACACCGGCUUCCAAUCGUCGACAUAAGUACUGCGGAAACAACGGCGGGGAUGACAACGAUACCACGAAGAGCACAGGAGGCUGGACCUUCGCCGGACCUGCGGAACCGCAGCCACAUAUUGACCGCAGGAUCUAUUUGCACCCUGACAGCCCUUCCACGGGAGAACAUUGGAUGCAAAAUAUGAUCAACUUUAGCAAACUAAAGUUGACCAACAACAUCGUCGAUCAUCGUACAAACGUGGUCUUAACAUCAAUGCACAAGUACGUUCCACAGAUUUGGAUAAUCCGUUGUGACAAUGCGAAAAAUCUCAAUGAGCUCUUUUCUCAUCCAUCGUCAUCAUUCAUAUUCAGAGAGACUGAGUUUAUCGCAGUUACGGCAUAUCAAAAUGAGAACAUCACAAAAUUAAAAAUCGAUAACAACCCGUUCGCCAAAGGAUUUCGGGAGACGGGGCAGUCACGGUGCAAGCGCAAGUAUCCUCAAAUGGACUCAGAGUGUAUCAAUUAUACGCACACGCAGGCACAUGACGAGGAGGCGAAUUUAUCGUUCGAGUCUGAUUCAAGCCAUAGCGAGAACAGCGCGAGUAGCCAGAGGACUGAUGCGAGUAUUGACAACUUAACACAGAAAUCGAAGGUAAGCAGGCUUGAGAUAGCUGCGAGCUCGGACGAUGAUGUCUGCGACGCUGAAUCGCCGAUGAUGAACGACGCAGCCGAGAAAGCACCACAAGCAGAGGGUCGGUAUGAAGACGAAGUACAGCCGCGAUUUCACAGACCCUGGUUGAGCUCGAAGUCAUCUGAAGUCGCGGCACUGGCAACGCCAUUAACGCCACCAAAUCCUCCAGUGCUACCGACGAUGUUGCCGUCUUCGACUUCCGGCAUGAAUUGGACCUCUUAUUACCUGAAUUACGUACAAGCGCAUCAAAAUUUCGCAAGUUUCCCGCAGUAUCAUCAUCUGAUGAUGUAUCUACCAAGAUACUCGUGACUCCUGCAGACGAACAUUGUACGCCGUUUAUUUCCCAUUUUAUCACGAUUAGCAGCAUUUCAAGUGUAAAUGUGAUCUUCAUGGAAAUGAAUCCGAAGAGCAAGAGAUUUUCUGCUACGAGAUAAGUGAAGUCCCAGUCAUUCCAGUUAUGGACCUGGAAUUACGACUCAUUUGAAGUCAAAAUAAUUUCUAUGACAGUGAGUUAAUUAAUAAUAUUAAUUAUUUUAAAGGUUUGUACAUUUUUUAAACGACUACAGGCCAAAGAUUGUUAUAGAUAAAUACGUACUGAAUAAUUCUACAAAUACUUUCAGUAAUAAUGAUCACUUUAUAAUCCAAUUUCCAAUUUUGCGUGAAAAAUACAAUAACAUGAAGAGUUACGAUACAAUAGUAUGACAAAAGUUUUCGUCUUGCGAAUAUAAAUAUACAUGUUUGCUAUUGUUCCUAUAUCUAUUGUUCCAUCUUUGUGAAGCUUUGUGAAGCAGUGUGGUGAAGUCGUUAUUUACAAAAUCAGAAUUUAUGGUCUAUUUUAGAUUAUUCUGACAGAACAACGAAACAAAGCCAAUUUCGUUGUUACAUAAUGUUAUCCGUAAUUUUUAAUUUUGUAAUUAAUUCAUAGGAAUAUCGAAUUUAAUAUCUUAAAUUCUAAAAAGAUUCGUAAGUCUACGAAUCAACGUGAUAUUCUGCCUUAUGAGCAAACUGGACUGAACUAACUUCGAAUUAAUGUCGUUAUGUUAUGUAUAGUUAAAUAAAAAAGAUAAGUAUUCGCGAUACAUUUAUGUCAUUCUAUCUUACAGAAGAAUGUCGAAAUAAAGAUAAGAUAGAUAAAGAAGAGAGAGAAAGAGAGAGAAUCCAUUCUACUUAAUUGU